AACUGUUACAACUUCCAAAAUUUCCAGGUUAGUGAAAUAAGAAGAAAUAGGCACUUAAUCUUUAUAAAAAAAAAAAAAACUCUAAACCUUUCAGUUUUAACAUUUUUCACUUCACUAUCUUUGUUUUUGAUUUGUUCUUGGUGUAAGACUACAUUAGUUUCGGAUGAUUUUGCACUGAGGAACCACACUUCCAUGGCAAUGUAGGAGUGAGAAAUAAGGUGAAGUAGAAAUGUUUAAGAAUCAAUUGCAGGAACUUGCACAAAGAAGCUGUUUCAAUCUUCCUUCCUAUGCCUGCAUCAGAGAAGGCCCUGAUCAUGCUCCAAGAUUCAAAGCUUCAGUAAAUUUCAAUGGUGAGAUCUUUGAAAGUCCAAGCUACUGUACCACAGUAAGACAGGCUGAGCAUGCAGCUGCUGAAGUUGCUCUCAAUGUCCUCUCUACAGGAGGUCCUUCCAGGUCUUUAACUGCCAGAGUUCUUGAUGAGACUGGAAUUUAUAAAAAUCUCCUUCAAGAAACUGCUCACAGAGCUGGGCUGAACCUCCCUGUAUAUACCACUGUGAGAUCAGGCCCUGGCCAUGUUCCCAUUUUCACUUGCUCUGUGGAGCUUGCCGGUAUGAGUUUUACAGGUGAACCUGCCAAGACAAAGAAGCAGGCUGAGAAGAAUGCUGCAAUUGCAGCUUGGUCUGCCUUGAAAAGAAUGCCAAACUUGGAUUCACUGACGAAGAAAGAUACAGAGAAUCAUGAAGAACAAGAUCAAGCUAUUGUAGCAAGGGUUUUGUCAAGUUUUAGACCCAAAGAUGAAAACAGAAAUUCUAGGAGGAGGGAUCAAAACCAAGUGCGAAAGAGAAUGUUCAAGGGUCCUAGAGACAGUGGUUUCUCUUCAUCUCGUAGUUCUUUACAGUAUCAACGGUGGAGGUUCCUGGAUCUCUUAAUGGAUUCUUCUGGUCUAGAUGGUUCAACUUCAACACAAAAGCAAAACAGCUUUGUAUCUCUUCUUCCUCCACCUCCACCUAGAUCAACUUCAAAGAUCUUACCAACAGCUUCACACACAUUACCCCACCAAUCAAAUAGGCCUAUUCCACUACAAGUUAAGGGCAACUCAGUAAUGGAAGAACAUCAAAGGGAUGAGGAAGAAUGGCUUGGUGGAAAACAAGAUACCAACAAGAAACCCAUUGAAAUGGAGGGUUCAAAUUCAAAUUCAAGUUAUGUGUAUGGAUUAAGUUCUUUAUACAAGCCAUUUCCUCAACCUAGCACUAGCAAGCUUACUAGUUCUAUGCCUGAUAAUAAAACCCACAUUACUUGUAAUAGGCUUUUUGGGUCACUAAAUCCAUCUCCAAUCACUGCAUCAACUCCUAUUAAGACACCUUUAGCUUCUCACACGACAAGAAGUAUGUACAUUGGAAGGUUCAACCCGCAUAGGAUUGCACCAGCGGUUCAAAUUAGAUCAGUAAUCCCAGUUUGUGCAGCACCACCACCAAUGAGAACUCCAUCAAUGAACGAAGCUUCAACAUCAUUUACUACUUCACUGCCCACACAAACAAAAGGAACAGAGGUCUCAUCAGCCGGCAGCAGUUCAAUAUUCAACAAUCCAACUCAACAACUGGGUUCCGAGUUCAACAAGCUACAGUUAUGAAGAAAAAGACAAUGAGAAUCUAAUGUCAACUCUGAUAGUAGGCAUUUCUUGCCAGUUUAAUCACUAGAUGGAUUAUCCACUAAAUAUGUUUUUGGCCUUUUAAAAAGAAAGAAAAAACCAUGUUUUUGUUUCA